CUUGAGGAACCUGAGACGUUCAGAACCAUGACCCAGUUUGUUCAAUUAUUGAUGUGUUUCCUGACAGCACUGAUGAUGAUGAUGACGAUGAUGAUGAUGGAGGCCGAGGCGACGUUUGGGCCGUACAGAUUUAUCCAGGACAAACCUGCAGUGAGACACAGACCAGUGAUCUACAGCAGACCUGCACAUGGAAACAACAUCAACUUUGGAGCUUAUGCCAUUAACCCCAGGUUUUACGGGAAUUUCCAUCAUCGGCCUCCUUGGAAGUGGCCUGUGUUUCCUCACCAGCGCCCCGUGUUCCCCGUCCGGCCUCCAGCUGUGCCGGUGCUGCCUCCAAAGCUAGUGCUAACCAAGCCAUGCAUCACAGUGCCACAAACAGUGCCACCCACUGUUCCACCCACAGUUCCAUCCUCAGUGCCACCCACAGUGCCACCCACAGUGCCACCAGCAGUGCCUGCUCCACCUGUAAACACUACUUCGGCCCCUCCUCCCACUUUACCCACCACCACACCCACCACGAUGGCCUCCACACUGCCGCUCAGCACCCCGAGUGCCACCACGCCCCCUGCUGCUCCUCCCACUUAUCCAGCUCCAGCAGAGGUGUGCAAGAGCCGCCCCCUGGACCUGGUGUUCAUCAUCGACAGCUCUCGCAGCGUCCGUCCCGUCGAAUUCGAGAAGGUCAAAGUGUUCCUCUCGGACAUGGUGGACUCGCUGGAUGUUGGAGUCGAUGCCACACGUGUCGGACUGGUCAACUAUGCCAGCACGGUCAACAUCGAGUUCCUCCUGAAAACAUAUGCCAACAAAGCGGAUCUCAAACGAGCCUUCUCUCGAGUCGAGCCGCUCUCCACCGGCACCAUGACCGGCCUGGCCAUCAAAACAGCAAUGGAGCACACUUUUUCCACUGAGUCUGGCACCCGGCCGGCCAAUAAAAACAUCCCGAAGGUGGCCAUCAUCGUGACAGACGGACGGCCGCAGGACAAAGUGGAGGAGGUUUCGGCUUCAGCGAGGGCGGCUGGGAUCGAGAUAUAUGCCGUCGGAGUGGACCGAGCCGACAUGAAAUCUCUGCAAGCUAUGGCGAGCCAGCCUCUGGACGAUCACGUGUUCUACGUGGAGACGUACGGUGUGAUCGAGAAGCUUACGUCCAAGUUCAGGGAAACUCUCUGUGGUAUCGAUGCAUGUGCCCUCGGACACGACUGCGAGCACGAAUGUGUGAACAAUUACAACUCUUACUACUGCAAGUGCAGAGAGGGACAUGUGCUUAACCCAGACAAGAAAACAUGCUCACAAGCCAAGGAGGCUCGCAGUGAUUUGGUGGAGGACGCGUGCAUGUGUGAAGCUCAGAUCGCAUUCCAGAAGAAAGUCCAUCACAGUAUUAAAGAGAUAAACAGCAAACAUAUCCUUUCACAUCACAGGCUUCAGUGUGCUUAUUCACCAUUUGGUUUCUGCAUCCUAGCCAUCAAAGGAGUCGAUCAGUUCCAGCUGCGCUGA